AGGAAGAAGUAAAAAAAUAUUUUAAUUUUUAUAAGUGAAAAACAUAAAUUUAUUGAAAACAAAUUUGCUUGACUGUUGACCGGUUGACCCAUCUUACUUUCAUGUAAUCAUAUGCCUUCGUUUCUCCUAAAUUCUGAAAAUGGCAAGGGAAAGGCCUCAGAUCCUUUCAGCCUAAACACACAGGUCGAUGUCUUCCCCUCGACGCUGAAAACCCAUCCUUUCGGUCGGCCCCGCAGCAGAUCGGCUGACAGUGCUUUCUAUGGUGGUGUCCUUGCUCUACCUCUCAUCCUAUUGUUUAAUAUACCAAAUGGUGGGGGAGGAUUGCAAAAGGGGAAAAGGAACUUUGGCGUAAUGUGUUGGAGAUUAAGUACAGCAUUUCUAGGAGACAAUGGGAGAUUUGUAUGGGGGAGUGAAAUAGGAGAGGAUCGCUGUGGUGCUACCAAUGGAUCAAAGAAAAUCAAUCACCCCCAGCCGCCAGGCAAGCUUAUAUUGUUCAAAAUUCAUCGUGUUGGAGCUUUUCUUUAAACAUUGCCGCUCUACAACUUUUGGGUAGUCUUACUUUUGUCUAAUGUUGCCUAAAGAUUACACUAACUAUUAUAUAUACAGUAUUGUACUUUCUUUGAAUUCAUCAUAUUACCAAGCUACCAUGUUGUCUUUGGACAAUGUAGUCAUUAACAUCAAUUAAUUUCUCUGCCUAAUUAGUUACACUAUUAAAAUUUUGGCUUUUAG